CCUCUCUCUCUCUCUCCCCACGUUCCGCCGUUCGCGACCAUUUCUAACCCAACCCCUCGCGAUUUUUCGAAUAUCCGAGCUCAAUCCCUUGCCGUUCCCUUCUCCUUCCUCGCAAUCGCACUAUCCAGACCGGAUUCUCCCGUUAAUCCGCGGCGCCGUGUCGGAUUGAGGAGGAGGAGGGGUGGCGACGGCGGCGGCGAUGCUGACGCCGAACGGCGUGGUGGCGGCGCUGGCGGGGGACACCAACCUCAAGCCGGUGGUGCAGAUCGUGGAGCUGCGGGGCGUCAACGUCAACGGAGCGGGGGUCACGCGGGGCGAGAGGUUCAGGGCGGUGGUGUCCGACGGCACCACCACGUCCUCCGCGCUCUUCGCUGCGCAGCUCAGCGACCGCGCGCGGUCCGGCGCACUCCGCCGCGGCAGCAUUGUGCAGCUCUCUGAGUACGUCAUCAACGACGUCGGGCCCAGAAGGAUUAUUGUCAUUCUGAACCUGGAAGUUCUUAUUGAGGAGUGUGAGAUAAUUGGAAGUCCGACAACGCUUUCAGAAACUGGAUUUCCUAACUCAAAUCCGAUGAGAGUAGAGCAAUUUAAUGGAGCACCUCAAUAUGGUCUGAUGGCAGGGAACUCACCAAAUACAACUGCAAGGCCUACUGACAACGGUCCAGUUUUCCAACGUUCAAUGACAGGAAACUCCUCUAACUUUGCCACUAGGCCAAAUGACAACAAAGUUCCAGUCUUCCAACCAACAGUCCAGCCAGCCUAUCGCCCUGCACCCAAUUACAAAAAUCAUGGAUCAAUCAUGAAAAAUGAAGCCCCUGCUAGAAUAAUCCCCAUAUCUGCUUUAAAUCCUUAUCAAGGCCGCUGGGCUAUCAAGGCUAGAGUUACUGCCAAGGGAGAUAUCCGCCGAUACCAUAAUGCUAAAGGUGAUGGCAAAGUAUUCUCUUUUGACUUGCUUGAUUCCGAUGGAGGUGAGAUCCGGGUGACAUGCUUCAAUGCUCUUCUUGAUCGAUUCUACAAAGUUGUGGAAGUUGGUAAGGUCUAUGUGGUAUCAAGAGGAAACUUGAGACCUGCACAGAAGAACUAUAACCAUCUUAACAGUGAGUGGGAGAUUGUAUUGGAGAAUGGGUCAACUGUGGAACUUUGUCCUGAUGAGGACAGUUCCAUUCCCACCCAGCGGUUCGACUUCAGACCGAUCAAUGAAAUCGAGGAUGCCCAGAACAAUGCGAUCCUUGAUAUCAUAGGUGUUGUUACAUCGGUCAACCCUUGCACCACAAUACAGAGGAAAAAUGGGAUGGAAACUCAGAAAAGAACUAUGAACCUGAAGGAUAUGUCUGGUCGAAGUGUUGAGGUAACCAUGUGGGGUGACUUUUGCAACAGAGAAGGCUCACACCUGCAAGAAAUGGUUGAGCGUGGGACUUUUCCGGUGCUGGCCAUCAAAGCAGGAAAAGUGAGUGAUUUCAGUGGCAAGUCUGUUAGCACAAUUUCUUCAACUCAGCUCUUCAUAAAUCCUGACUCUGCUGAAGCUCAUAGGCUCAGGCAAUGGUUUGAUGGCGGAGGUAGAGAUGCCUCUACUCAGUCCAUUUCCAGGGAUAUCACACCUGCAUCAUCGAGGAAUGAGAUCCGAAAGACAGUUGCACAGAUCAAGGAUGAUGGUCUUGGAAUGGGGGACAAACCGGACUGGAUCACGGUGAAAGCCACCGUUAUAUCCUUCAAGAACGACAACUUCUGCUACACGGCUUGUCCUAACAUGAUUGGCGACAGGCAGUGCAAUAAGAAGGUGACGAAGGGUACUACUGGCAAUUGGACCUGCGACAAAUGCGAUAGGGAGUUUCAAGAGUGCGACUACAGGUAUCUCAUGCAGUUGCAGAUUCAAGAUCACACGGGAACAACUUCAGUGACAGCAUUCCAGGAGGCUGGGCAGGAGUUGCUUGGCUGCUCGGCACGAGAGCUCUACACACUCAAGGAGCGCGAGGACCCUCGCUUCGCAGACACCAUGCUCGAUUGCUUGUUUCAGGACUAUCUGCUCAGGCUGAAGGUCAAAGAAGAAUCAUACGGUGAUGAGCGCAGGGUGAAGAUUACGGUCGCCAAAGUGGAGAAGGUUGAUCCUUCAGGUGAAAGUAAGUUUCUGCUCGAUUUAAUUUCCAGGUCCUCGGCGUUACAUUAGCAACAUGUGCUCCUCUGCUGGCCGCCAGCUCGGUGCUCGGUGAGGGGUAGCAGUUGUCCAUAGCCCUCGUCCUCCUGGCUCCUGCUCGACGCCAAUAAUAUUUCUUCACCUUAUUUAGGAUUUUUUUUCAGAUUAGUGCUGAGAUUUCCUUUUUGUACCCGGUACUUCGAUAUUAACGUCGUUUAAUGUAUCACCUUAUAUACAUGUUAGCACAACUUAAUGUAUCAGCUUAUAUAUAUGGCUUAUAAUUUUCUGCCCCUUUUU